AUGUCCGAGUCAUCAAUACUCACUGACUUAGAACUUGAGAUCCACCCAGAUAUUUCCUAUCCAUUGAUCAAUGAAAUUUUGGCCGAUCUUGAGAAGAUGGAGCCACGAAGAGGGUGGAUUAGAAUUUUUCAUGGUCCUAUGACUUCAAUGGGCAUCAGAACAUUAGAUGACAUGGAAAUAAUUACACCGGAAUGUCUUACCGUUUUCCACCGGCUUUGCCCAGUUAUGGUGAUGGACUUAUAUGUACACAUCGCCAAUUGCUUCGACAAGCUUGAAGCUGGUAAUCUGAAGGCUUGCAAUACGAGAGACGCAUGCCUGCAAACUGCACCUGAGUGGUACAGUGUGACCACUAAUGCCUUUCACCAUAGCGUAUACGAGGGUUCUGCAAGUGUCAAAGGAGCCUGUAUUAGCCCUGCUCGAGAUGAGGCUACCGUGACCUUGGCACAUACCUCUCAAAGGGUAAAAAAGGUUGAAGAAGACUCGAUAAAUGAAGAUACUUACCUUCCAAAUUUUAAAAGUUUUGAAAUGCAAAAUCACGGCACAAGCCAUACUGCAUGGAGUAUUCAAGUUGUCCACAAGGCUGGCAGCACUACUCCAUCGAGUCACGGCGAGAACUGCAACAGGGGAGGUGGAACUGGGCAAGCUCAGGCCGAAGCCACAGACCUACUAGACAAGGCACCCAAGGCUGAUGUUGCAGAUGAGCUUCAAGAUGAAUUGGACUUUGCAUCCAAACUCAAACUCGAUAUUCAAGCCUGGAAAUCUUGGUGUGCAAGUCAGCUACUGCUUACUCCGACUUGGCAGAAGAGAAGGUGCUCUGAAUCUGACUUCAUUCAAGUUGAAGAACACACUCAGGCUGUCACGCCUCGGUGCUACUUUGACCAUGACCUUUUCAAUGGACAGCAGGGGGCAGCACCAGCAGCCCUGGGAGCGCCACAGAAAUGGCGGAAGUUAGCACGUGCAUUGGAGUUUGAAGCUCCGAGUCUGAGUCUGUCUGUAGCUGAGGCACUGCUGAAAGUUGCGGGAAGGAUUGAAGCAGCAAUCAAUAGGCAAACCGAACUUCUUUCGUCGAUACUGAAUGCUAUGGAAUGUCAGGGAGGUAAUACUAGCAAUUAG